AUGGAAUCUCUUCCCGUUUGUGAAGGGUCUUAUGAUUCAACCAUCACAUUCGCGGAGGUUGAACACGUUCUUGAAGAGUCUUCUCUAAAGACCUUCAAUUUAGUAGAAGAAGGAUCGGGAUCGCGGACCUUAUUGACUGUUGACCUUCGCGUUCACGAGCUUCAGGAGUUUUACUUGUCGAAUGCGAUUCCACAAAGCCGUAAAUGUUCUGUAUCAUCCUGGCUAUCAGCUUAUCCAAAUAGAGCAGAGAUUCGAUCUCUCACUAUUCACCAGAGGUUAACUCCUAGCUGUCCUACAAAUCUACUUCUACAGUAUAAUCAUAAGCAUUUGUGUGCUUGGAUAAAAACAUUUCACUGGGUUGUUGUUGUUGUAGUACUACUACUUUGUACAACUCAUGUUCUUGGCGCCGAAGUUGAUUUGUACGUCAAUAUAACAAUAGUUGAAAGCGCAACUGCCCAAGGCGCAGUAUGUCUCGAUGGUAGUCCACCAGCAUAUCAUCUGCACAGAGGACAUGGUAACGGACUUCACAGCUGGAUUAUCUACUUGGAUGGAGGCGGUUGGUGCAACAGUAUCCUAGAUUGUCUUAAUCGUUCAACUAUGUACUUAGGUUCUACCAAGAAGAUGGAUAAGCAAGGUUUUUUCGCUGGGAUACUUCAUAAUACCUCCAAAUAUAAUCCAGAGUUUUACAAUUGGAACAGGGUGAGGGUGAAGUAUUGUGAUGGUUCAUCUUUCACUGGUGAUGUUGAACAAGUUCACCCUGAGAACAAAUUGUAUUUCCGAGGGGCAAGAAUAUUUAAGGCUAUUAUGGAAGAUUUAUGGAGCAAAGGAAUGAAAAAUGCUGAAAAUGCAAUCCUAUCUGGAACAUCAGCAGGAGAGUUGGCAACUAUCUUGAAUUGCGACAAGUUCAAAUGCCUCCUUCCAGAGAAUGCCAGAGUAAAAUGUGUUGCAGAUCCUGGCUUCUUCAUCAAUGGCAAGACAAUCUAUGGUACUUCACAUAUUCAAGAGAUGUAUCAGAAAAUUGUUAACCUACAUGGAUCGGCUAAAAAUUUGCCGUCAGCUUGCACGUCCGCAAUGGAACCAAGUUUGUGCUUUUUCCCACAGAAUAUUGUUCCAUACAUUCAGACUCCACUUUUCAUAAUCAAUUCUAUCUAUGACACCUGGCAGAUUACUAAAACUUUGGUUCCUGCAUACCUUGAUCCUCAACAUGCCUGGAAAGAUUGCAUCAAUAACACAAAUAGCUGCACAUUUAGCCAACGUAUAAUUAUUCAAGUCUUUGGAGUGAAUUUCUUGAAGACAUUUGAGGGACUACCCCCUUGUUUUACGAGGGGUUAUUUCCUCACGUCUUGCUAUUCUCAUGGGCUAAUUGUUGCAUCGUCAUACUGGUUCAGUGGUAGCUCUCCAAGGUUGCUUAAUAAGACAAUUGCAGAAGCUGUUGCAGAUUGGUACUUCGAGAGAGCAGAAAUUCAAUAUAGAGACCCCUACCCUUUUGUCCGAAAUUGCCCUCAAUAAAAUUUUGUAAUGAAUACGCUUGAAGAUGUUGUUCUUGCUGCUUAUUUGGUGGUACGCAUGCAGUUGUUGAGGAGUAGCUGACUG